AUGGUGACCGCUGUAUUGAAAACCGCCAUCAUUCUGUCGUUGGUUUCUUGUUGUCACGCAGCACCGACUGUGACAACAAAACUAGGAGAAAUCAAAGGCACUGUAGAAAAUGGAGUAUAUCAAUUUAGAAAUAUUCCAUACGCAAAACCACCCAUAGGAACUCUCAGAUUUUCUAAGCCAGAAGAACACGGGCCAUGGGACGGAGUUUUGGACGGAACUGAAUUUGGGCCGUCGUGUUUGCAGGAAUGUCCACCGGAGUUUAAGAGAAUGUUACCUCACCAAAGACAGUCUGAAGAUUGUCUGUCUUUAAAUGUGUAUACCCCCAAGGAUCCCUCUGCCGCGCCGGAAAAAUCCGUAAUGGUCUGGAUUCAUGGCGGAGCCUAUUCAUUUGGGCAAGGAAUGUAUUUUGAUGCAUCACACUUAGCACUUACUGGUGACGUCAUUGUUGUAACUAUGAAUUACCGACUUGGAGUUUUCGGAUUCCUUACAACCAUGGACGAUAGACUACCAGGGAAUUACGGAUUAUGGGAUCAAAGGCUGGCUUUGAAAUGGGUUCACGAACACAUUAGUUCCUUCGGAGGAAAUCCCAGGUCAGUCACGCUGUUUGGUGAAUCUGCAGGCGGCUUCAGUGUUUGUCUCCAUGCACUGAAUCCAACGAAUAGAGGACUUUUUCACCGCAUAAUUACUCAAAGUGGAGUCCCUACUUCAGUACUAACACUGUGGCAUACAGCGAAAUCAUUUUCUUUGAAUGUUGGAAUUUCUUUAGGUUGUACAAACGACACUUUGGAAGAGUCGAAUAUUUCAUGUAUACGUCAAAUUUCAGCAGAACGUCUCCUCUCUGUCCAAGAAGAAUUAUUAUCAGUUCCAGAUCCGGCAAUGAGAAUAGAAAUCCGAAUGGGUCCAGUAGUUGACGGCGUGCUGAUUCCUGAUACUCCAUUCAACUUGAUAAACGACAUUUCUUCGCCAUCACAUAAAUUCUUCCUCUCAUUGGACUACAUCACAGGCACGACAAAUCAAGAUGGGUCAAUUGCAGCUCCUAGUUUAAUCAAUAUUGCAAACUAUGCUAAUUUCGACAUUAACAAUGGCUUUCCUACCCGUGUAUUCUUUGGAGCUAUUUUCCCGUCAUUGGUAUCGGCGUUUUACGGAGAUUUAGUUCGGAAUACAUUACCAAAGACUUAUGUUUGUCCUCUUUACGAAAGUUCUAAUAUGACUGAACAGGCCAGUAAAAUUCUCGAUGCUUUUACUGAUGCUGUUUUCGUCGUACCAGCGAUCACCACACUUAACGUCCAUGCCGAUGGUAACGACAAAACUAGCACUUAUCAAUAUUUGUUUGAAAGACCACACCUGGAUCCAAUGAACCACCAACGCCUUCCUUCGUGGGUCAAAGGCUCGGCUCAUACAUCGGAAUUACUCUUUCUUUUUGGAAAUCAAGGUUUAUUUGGAAAAUACAACAUCACAGUUGAUCCAGUAGAUUUGACCCUGUCACGUAAAAUGAUGAAAUAUUGGAGUAAUUUCGCUAAACACGGAAACCCUAAUUCUGCCGAUUUGCCGCCGUGGAAGGCAUACAACACUGCUGAGCAAGCUUACAUUAGCUUGGAUUCAAUUAUUACCACGGGAAACAGUCUUUAUUCGGAACGUUUGAACUCGCGGCUGUUCCAAAGAAUAAGUAAUUUGAUUAAUGGCUUUAUAAGUCUACAGAGCAACCUUAUUUUCAAUCAUUAUUUCCGCGAAAGUGCAACGUUUUUGCAUCUUUCAGUCAAAAUGGCUCCCUUCCGUAUCGGCAUGAUGAUGAUGAUGACACCUCUUCUAGUAAUGGGACGACAUAAUCCGGUGGUUCGUACAAAUAUGGGACAAGGACGGGGCAUAGUGGAAAAUAAUGUAAAUCAGUUUCGAAACAUACCAUUUGCUAAGCCCCCACUUGGGCCCCUACGAUUUGCCAAACCAGUUGCAGCUGAUCAUUGGAGAGGAGUACGAGAUGCUACACAGUUCGGACCUUCGUGCAUGCAACCAUUUUAUCCCGAAACUGACAAAUUUCUACCAAAUCUGAAUAAAUCUGAAGACUGUUUAUACCUCAAUGUAUACGUCCCUGGAAAGGUAGUGGCUGGUUCGAACAAACCCGUAAUGGUUUGGGUCCAUGGCGGGGCCUUUCUUGUAGGUCAGGCGAUGCUAUAUGACGCGUCUUUCUUAGCCAGUUCUGGGGAUGUGGUCGUUGUGACGGCGAAUUACCGUCUUGGAGUGUUUGGGUUUUUAAGUACCAUGGAUCCAAGUCUUCCUGGAAACUACGGUCUUUGGGAUCAACGUUUUGCCUUGCAAUGGGUACAGAAGAACAUUGAGUCCUUCGGCGGAAACCCCCAAUCUGUUACGCUCUUUGGAGCAUCUGCUGGAGGUAUGAGCGUAUCAUUGCAAGCUCUCAAUCCAAUGAACAAGGGGUUAUUCCAACGAGUUAUUGCACAAAGUGGAGUAGCAUUAUCCGCCGUAACUAUCUGGGAGAAUGCUGCAACAUUUGCACGAGAUAUUGGAGUAUUUCUUAACUGUUCCUCAUCAACUAGUAUACUUGAUGAUGCCUAUAUAAAAUGUAUGCGGUCCGUUUCUUCUGAUGUGCUUGCAAAUACACAAAAUAUUGUACUAUUAGCACAGUCUAUGAAUCAUGGACCAGUUCUACGCAAUAACAUGGGGCCAGUUGUUGAUCAUAUUCUCAUUCCGGACAGUCCAUUUAAGUUACUGACAAAUACUUCAUCUCCUUCCUCUAAGUUCUUCCGAUCGCUGGACUUCAUGGCGGGAACCGUGAAUCAAGAAGGUUCUCUUUUCCUAAAUAGAUUAGCCCACGUUGCUAAUUCUAAGCACUUCAAUUUCAAAACUGGUGUUCCUACUGGCGUAUUUUGUGAUUACCUGGCCCAGAUAUUCACGGCCACAUUUGCAUCAGUGUCUGACCGUACCAUAUCUUUAUCAAAAGUCUGCGCACUGUACAGACGAUCGGACGCAGUAUCACAGGCAAACAGUGUGCUGAAUUGCUUUGCAGACGUCAACUUCAUCGUUCCAGCCAUAGAAACAUUAAAUAUACAUUCAGUAGACAACCUCCUGACAGCUACGUAUCAGUAUAUGUUUAACCGUCCAAGUCUCGAUAGGACUUCACUUGAAACGCUUCCUCCGUGGUUUGUUGGGGCUCCACAUGCAUCGGAAAUAUUUUUCUUGUUUGGUGCAGAAGAGUUCCGCAAUAAAUUCAACAUUACUGUUUCUGAAGCUGACAUGGCAUUGUCACGUAAGAUGAUGAUACAUUGGACUAAUUUUGCGAAAAUCGGGCGGUACACAUGGUUUGUUGGAGCGUACUUCUUCGGAAGUAUCAUUGAAGCCAAAAAGAAAUGUAUUGACACUGAGAUCGUAAAAAUGAUCGGAGUUCCUGUUGCAUGGUAA